AUAUGCCUUUUAAUUUACCUAACAAAAUAUCUCUAUCAAUCGUUUCAAAUGCCCUCUUCAAAUCCAAAAAUACUGCUAUGACAACUUCUUCUGAGUCUAUGGCUCUUCUCCAAUUCUCAGUUACCAACUGGAAAGCUGUUUCUGUGGAAUAUGUUUUUCGAAAGCCUGCUUGCGCCUCCACUGUGUGUUUAGAUAAGUUUUAAAAAUGCCUUACAAGUGCUGCGUUACUAAUUGUGUCGGUAAUUACGGUAAGGGUCCGAAGGUACACGUAUUUUCAUUUCCAUUGAAUGAAAACUGUCGUAAAAGAUGGCUCAAUGCAAUCCCUCGUAGUGAUUUAGUGGUUACAAAAAACACCCGAGUAUGCAAUUUGCACUUUGCUGAGGACAGCAUCAUUUGGGAAUCCACCUUCCAUGACGAAAAGACAGGACUUAUCAAGCAGAUGAAGCCGAGAUGAGAAAUUGAGGGACAAGGAACAAGAACAACUACUUAAAG